AUGGUGGAGGCGGUGUUCACUCUGUCACUCUGCGGUCCCGCGGUGUCCGAUUUUUAUAAGGGCAUUCUGAAGUCAAAUUCCAACGCCAGGAUAAAUGUGCGCGUGGAAGAUCGGCGUCCAAAGACUCCCUCAUUCUCAUCUGAGAAGAAUUUGACCAAGCUAAGCGAGGUGGUCUUGGAGGACACACGGAUCAAGGCAUACGUUGGCUACAAGGAAAAGAGCUCUGUGGACACUGCCGACGUCCAGUGCAAGUCUGGCGCGAAGGUAGUCACUCACAGCGCCUGGGUCACUGGGUGCCAGCGGGUCCAUGACUUUGCCAUUGUCAAACUCUGCGACAAGUUCACCGGGAACUCGGGCGUCGUGGGCUAUCCCGCGGACAAGUCCUCCGAGAAUGAGUCCGGCUCUUUUGGCAUAACCAUCUCCGCCUAUGCGGCGCAAUCGGGCUCUCCGGUGCUGGAGAGGAUAGGCAACACCCUAACGCCGCUCGCAACCCAUGUUGCCGGGAGUUUCCAGAUGAACAUGGCCAGGCCCAUUGGAAAAAGCUAUUUGAACCCUUAUGACAACAUUGUAAAUUUCUUCUUUGGAAGCACGACGCCUACGCCUGAUGCUGUUCGGAAAUAUAUCGAGUACUACAGCGUUCCCCUUGCGACCGGCGAAAUGCCUCGGGCGCCACGGGGUUCGUCCAUGCCUAGAGGGUAG